AUGGCAUCAUUCGAGGACUAUGACGAGUUCGGCAACUACAUUGGCGCUGACCUUGAUUCCGACGAGGAGGAAGAGGAGAUCCCUCAGCAGCACUUUCAGAAGCAGCCAGGGUCGACUGCCCCUCUAGAGGGAUAUGAUGAUGUUCCUAUGGAGGACGCAGAAGACACGGCCCUUAUGGAGGUCGAUGAACCCUCGCACAGAGCUGUUAUCCUUCACGAAGACAAACAAUACUACCCUUUUGCAAGCGACGUGUAUGGUGCUGAUGUUGAAACAUUGGUCCAAGAAGAAGACGCCCAACCAUUGUCGGAGCCCAUCGUCGCGCCAGUCAAGGUUAGGAAAUGGGCAGUCGAGGAAAAGGACAUGCCAGUGACAAGGUUUGACAAAGGGUUUUUGUUGAACAUGACGACUUUCCCAGAAAUGGUCCGAAACGUUGCAGUCGUGGGCCAUUUGCAUCACGGAAAAACGGCUCUCAUGGACAUGCUCGUAUUUGAAACUCAUAAAUUCACGUGGGACGCAGAUAAACCUGUACGCUAUACCGAUACCCAUGUCUUGUCACGAGAGCGUCAAAUAUCGAUAAAAUCUUCCCCUAUGUCCCUCGUUCUCUCCAAUACUGCUGGAAAAUCCCAUUUAAUACACUUUAUCGACACGCCGGGACAUAUUAAUUUUGUGGACGAAGUCGCAUCGGCAAUGCGUUUGGUAGAUGGAAUACUGCUUGUUGUGGACGUGGUCGAGGGGCUUAUGGUGGGCACAGAGUUUAUUUUGAGGCAUGCUCUGCAAGAAGGAAUUAAAAUCACAUUGGUCGUCAACAAAAUUGACAGACUGAUAUUGGAGUUGCGCAUCCCCCCUGCUGAUGCCUACUACAAAAUCAAACACACUAUCGAAGAGAUCAACACAUUUAUCAGCUCGGUAGACCCAAACCCAGAAUUGCGAUUGAGUCCGGAAAAUGGCAAUGUGGCUUUCGCUAGCACUGACAUGAGCUGGUGUUUUACUCUGCAUUCCUUUGCUCAGAUGUACGCCGACACAUACGGUUCUGUUGAUGUGAAAGCCUUCGCCGACCGUCUAUGGGGAGACAUCUACUUCAAUGAAGACACCCGGAAAUUCACUCGAAAGCAAGCUGACGCAGAAGCACCUCGGUCAUUCGUCCAUUUCAUCCUGAACCCUCUGUACAAACUGUAUAGUCAUGUUCUCAGCGAAGAAACAAAUGAACUUCGUUCGACUUUGGAAGGAUUGGGCAUCAAGCUCAAACCAAUCAUGUACAAGAUGGAUGUAAGGCCUCUCCUCAAAGCGAUUCUGAAUCAGUUCUUUGGUCCGGCAACCGGACUCGUCGACGUGAUUGUUGAACACAUUCCUUCCCCUGUGCAAAAUGCUGCGAAUAAGGUCGAGGGAACCUACUUGGGCCCGCAAACCUCAGAUUUGGCACUGUCGAUGAAAGCUUGUGAUCCAGAAGGUCCACUUAUGGUCCACAUCUCCAAGUUAUACCAUACCACAGAUGCCCAAUCAUUCAGGUCAUUCGGACGAGUCAUCAGUGGGACUCUGCGGAAAGGCAUGGAAGUAAAGGUGUUGGGAGAAGGUUACUCACCAGAGGACGAAGAAGACAUGAUGAAGGCAGUCGUGGACGACCUAUGGAUAAGUGAAUCGAGAUAUUUCAUCCCAGCAGAAGAAAUUCCAGCUGGCAAUCUUGUCCUUAUAGGCGGUGUUGACGCCUCCAUCUCGAAGACAGCCACGUUGGCGGGAUUUGACAUCAAAGACGAUAUGCACAUAUUCCGACCGAUCAAGCAUAUGACCCAAUCGGUCCUUAAGAUCGCUAUUGAGCCGAUUGCCCCUUCGGAACUGCCGAAAAUGCUUUCUGGUUUGCGCAACAUCAACAAAUCCUACCCUUUGGUCGCUACGAAGGUCGAAGAAAGCGGCGAACACGUUGUUAUCGGCACUGGGGAACUAUACCUCGACUGCGUUAUGCACGAUCUGCGUCGUCUGUUCUCAGAGAUCGAGAUCAAGGUGUCAGACCCGGUAACCAAGUUUUGCGAGACAGUACUGGAGACGAGCGCCUUGAAGUGCUACGCCGAUACGCCGAACAAGAAGAAUAAACUGACUAUGAUCGCUGAACCUUUAGAGCGAGGCAUUGCAGAAGACAUCGAACGAGGUCGCGUCAACAUGCGCAUGUCAGCAAAGGAGAGGGGUUCCUUCUUCCAAGAAAAAUAUCAAUGGGAUCUGCUUGCUUCACGUUCAAUAUGGGCCUUCGGUCCAGAUGAAAACGGUCCCAACGUUCUUCUAGAUGACACCCUCCCAUCACAGAUCGACAAGAAACAUCUUGCUACAGUGAAGGAGCACAUGAAGCAAGGGUUCCAAUGGGGUGCUCGAGAGGGUCCUCUAUGUGACGAACCUAUGCGAAAUGUCAAGUUCCGCAUUUUGGAUGCCAGUCUAGCAGCGGAGCCAAUCUUCCGCGGAGGUGGACAAAUCGUUCCCACUGCUCGUCGCGUCUGUUACUCCUCAUUCUUGAUGGCGACGCCGCGCUUGAUGGAACCGGUAUACUACGUGGAGGUUCAGGCACCCGCCGACUGCAUAUCCGCAGUGUACACGGUGCUAGCGCGCCGUCGUGGACAUGUUACGCAGGACCUCCCUAAGGCCGGCUCACCGCUCUACACUGUCAAGGCGUUGAUCCCCGUGAUCGACGCAAAUGGCUUUGAAACAGACUUGAGAACGGCAACGCAGGGGCAAGCAUUCUGCUUGCAGGUGUUCGACCACUGGUCCAUCGUGCCGGGUGAUCCUACGGACACAAGUAUCAAGCUUCGACCACUGGAGCCCGCUUCGGGCCAGGCAUUAGCGCGGGAUCUAGUACUGAAAACGCGUCGGAGAAAAGGGCUCGGCGACCAGAUCGCGGUGUCCAAAUAUUUGGAUGACGAGUUUGUUCUUGCGCUCUCUGCGUCGGGGCAUGCGGAUCUUCUUGGCUGCGGGGACCGCCCCCACGUGAUGUGUGGGAGAAAGACGCCUGCCACUUCACCACCCUUUCCUUCUCUCUUAUUCCCGUCCGGUCCUUCGUAUCCAAUGCGAAGCGUAGCGCUAUCUUUAUUGGCUCUCGCUGCCUCGGGCACCCUUGCCCAGUCGUCGGCAGACACUCCCAAGCCCACAUUCACUCCGACCAAGAUCGAGGCUCCUUUCGUCGAACAGUUCACUGAGGACUGGACAGACAGAUGGACACCCUCAGAAGCGACCAAGAAGACUCCCGUUGGCGGCGAGACCUUCAGCUAUGUCGGCAAGUGGGAGGUUGAGGACCCUACCAUCUCCUUCAUCGAAGGUGACAAGGGUCUCGUCGCGAAGAGCAAAGCUGCCCACCAUGCCAUCUCGGCCCCCUUCUCCAAGCCCAUUGACUUCAAGACCGAGCCCCUCGUCGUUCAAUAUGAGGUGAAAUACCAGAAGGGUGGUAACUGUGGCGGUGGUUAUGUCAAACUCCUCGAAGACGGUUUCCAGACCAGCGGAAAAGAGUUCUCUGACACUACGCCUUGGGUCGUCAUGUUCGGUCCUGAUUUGACUUGCCCUGGAACCAAGGUUCAUUUCAUUUUCCGCUACAAGAGCCCCAAGACCGGAGAAACCGAGGAGAAGCACCUUAAGCUCCCUCCCCGUCCCUCCAUUGAGAAACUCACCAACUUGUAUACCCUCAUUGUAAACCCUGAUAAUACUUUCGAAGUCUUGAUCAACGGCGAGAGCGAGAAGAAGGGCAACGUCCUUGAGGACUUCGACCCUGCUGUAAACCCUCCCAAGGAAAUUGACGACCCCGAAGAUUCUAAGCCCGCAGACUGGGUUGAUGAGGCCAUGAUCCCCGACCCCGACGCCAAGAAGCCCGAUGACUGGGAUGAGGAUGCACCCUACGAAAUCCUCGAUGAGGAGGCUGUUAAGCCUGAGGGUUGGCUUGACGAUGAGCCUCUGUCUAUUCCCGACCCUGACGCCACCAAACCUGAGGAAUGGGAUGAUGAGGAAGAUGGUGACUGGAUCGCACCUACUGUCCCCAAUCCAAAGUGCGCUGAGGCUCCUGGCUGCGGUGAAUGGAAACGUCCCUACCGCCACAACCCCGCCUACAAGGGCAAGUGGUCACCCCCUCAAGUCUCCAACCCUGCCUACAAGGGUGUCUGGGCGCCUCGCAAGAUCCCUAACCCCAACUUCUACGAAGAUCUCACACCCAUCAAGUCCCUCAACAAGAUUGGUGGUGUUGGUAUUGAGCUCUGGACCAUGACUGAGGAUAUUCUCUUCGACAACUUGUAUAUUGGCCACUCCGUUGAGGAUGCCAAGAAGUUCGCCGCUGAGACUUUUGAGAUCAAGAAACCUCUCGAAGUUGCCGCUGACAAGCCCGCUGAUGCCGACGAGGACGAGGAUGAGAAGAUUUCUUUCAAGGACGACCCUGUCAGCUUCAUCCGCACUCGUGUCAUCUCGUUCAUUGAGGCUGCCAGGGAGAAUCCUCUCGAGGCGUUCAAGACCCAACCUGAGACCGGUGCUGCUCUUGCUGGCGCUCUCUUCACUCUUUUCGGAAUGCUUGGCGCCCUUGUCAGCAUUGUUGGUGGUGCCCAAAAGCCUGUUGUGACCAAAUCGACCAAAAAGACAGAGGCUCCCGUGCAGGAGAAGAAAAAGGAGGAGGCUACACUUGUGUCGUCCGCAGUUGACAAGAAGGAUGAUGGCCUCAAGAAGCGCAAGUAA